AUGUCCAGAUUCGGCGACCGGGAUUUUCCAAACUUGACCGCACUUGAGUCAAGACGCUUGGCUACCAGCGCGAAGGAUGGGAAUCAUGGACAGGGCGAGGCGAUGGAAUCUGUCAUGGAACCAGAGGACAAACGUGUGAUACGUCAGCGUUCUCAGGCAUGGCAAGGCAUGCAUGGUUUGCACCGCAUAGGGAUUUCCUGGGCGCUGACGAGCGGUUGGGCAAUGGACGGGGUAGAGAGCGUAGACAGGCGACCGGAUCUCUGGGAUGCAGCGGCUGAAGCCGGCAGAUGGCCAGUGAUCAGCGAGGACAGGGGAAUGAUGCCCCAGAUGGUGUCUCGGGCCAGUGAGAAGCAGGCUGAGGGUGCCGGCACACCCCGCCGGACGGGCAAGCCGGUCCCUGUGCAAGCGACUAGACGGCGCCUGUCGCAGACGUUGGUAGAGGCGCCAUCUGCAGCCAUGAGUGCAAAUGAACGAGGUGGCGUGCGAAGACGCAACGGAGAGGGCGUCUCCGACAGCGGAACCGGCGGCGGCGGGAUGGAUGGACGGAUGGAUAGAUGGAUGUGUCAAGGUCCACAGUGCAGUGGCCAGAAGCAAUACAAUGCCGCUCCAGGCCCAACCAGACACUGGGCAGCGGGGAUGUCGAUCGGUCCAGCAUCCUGGCAAAGCCUAUUGUGGGAACUGACUUACAUAAGCAGGCCGUGGCGUUGUUUCGUGCAGCUGAGCGCUAGUCCCAAGCCGGCUAGACACACACACACGCAAACCUCACCUUUUCCCAUCCGUGUUUUUCUUCCCCACAGCGAACACGAGCUGUAG